UUUAUAUGUUAAUCGCUAGACAGCAGUCGUUGCCGAUGUCGGCAAGUGUGCAGUCUGGUACGUACGGCACUCUUUUGCCCCUCGUAACAAUCCUCGAAAUAUCCCGUAUAAGUAGACAUCUGCCAUAUUUCAAGGCAAUAUUGGUUGCAUCGUCAGGAGAUAAGAGUUUUUCGUCUUGAGAUGAGAAACUUGAUUCCAAUAUAAAAGCCAGUCCGUGUACACGACAUUAGUCUGUAUACUUGUACAAAGUACAAGAUGUUACGAAGUUUCGCUUCCUAUCUCCUUUUCAUUGGAGGUUUCGCAUCCUUCCUGCGACCGGCUUUCUUUCUUGACCCUAGGAUCGUGGGAGGUAGGAUAGUUGAUAUAAUCCAGCAUCCUUAUCAAUUGAGCCUCCAUCGAAAUUCAAGCCAUUUUUGCGGAGCUACUAUCAUUAGUAAUAAGUGGGUUAUCUCUGCAGCUCAUUGUGUAAGUUCGAAUAGUAGCGUUUAUGGAGUCGAUGGAGGAAGUAACACCAGAGACAAGGGUGUCUAUUAUCCAGUUAAAAGGAUCAUUCGACAUGAGGCUUACAAUGACUUGACGAUCGAUUACGAUAUUGCUCUUCUUGAAGUCGACGGCGAAAUCAGAUUUAACGAUAAGAUGCAGCCAGUGAAGCUGGCGGAAAAGGAACUCGCGAGUGGUGUUAUAGUGAACGUUACAGGAUGGGGUGCGGUGAAGUCGGGUGGAACAGGGUCAUCUGUGUUAAGGGGAGUAUCAAUUCCAAUCGUAGACAGAAAAACGUGUCAAGACAGAUACAAAUCAGGCAGGCACAUCACCGACAGAAUGAUCUGUGCGGGCUACACGGAGGGUGGCAAAGAUUCGUGUCAAGGUGAUUCGGGCGGACCGCUCACCGCCAAUGGCACGCUCUACGGAAUCGUAUCCUGGGGAAAUGGAUGCGCCCUGCCAUUGUACCCUGGUGUUUACACCAACGUUGCAGAUCUUCGCUGGUGGAUAAAAUUAAAAAGCGAAAAUCUUUUUAUACGUAAAUCGUUAGUUACACACAUCACACGCAUGAAUGAUCAGUGCAAGAAAAUGUCCAAGAUAUUUUUCCUCUUUUUCUGCAUCUUUUUGAUACAUACCGUUAAUACCGAAAGCCAUCAAUAUGUGGACAUCGAGGAUUAUCCAUACCACGUAUCGAUCCAAAUAUUUGGACGUCACAUUUGCAGCGGCGCAUUCAUACACGAAUCAUGGAUUAUGACUGCGGCAUCCUGCGUUUUCAGUGCAGAAUUAUCGAAAGUAUCCGUACGCGUUCGUUCCUCUUAUAUUUGCGCGAUAUGUGGCGAUAGCUUAGAAAUAAGCAAUAUUGUAAUUCAUGAAGAUUUCAAUAAGUGCGUAUAUUUCAACGAUAUAGCAUUGAUAAAGCUAAAGAAUCCCGCAGAGUUCGGAGAAAAGUUGCUUCCUAUCGGGCUUCCAGAGAAGGAGAAUGAAAUCGAAGAUGGAACACGUUGUGUCGUUACUGGCUGGAAACCGGAGCUCAAACCGGCCAGGAUUCAACGGCUCGCAGCGGCCGCUGUGGCGAUCAUAAAUCAACGUACGUGCAAAGAGAGAAUGCCGAGCUACAAGCCGUUGUCCAAAGAGAUGCUGUGUGCCGUUAACACGACCCACCCGUCGGAAAGGUGUCAGGGUGAUCUAGGUGCGCCUCUAGUCUCGGAGCAAACGCUGAUUGGCAUUCUAUCCUAUGGAUUAGGAUGCGAAACCGGGACACAUCCGGGAGUCUAUACUCGUAUCAGCAGCUACUUAUCUUGGAUCUUUGUGAACUCCGGUAUCUAUUAGAAGGGCUUAGAGACAGUGUGUAAAAUCAUUACAUCUAAUCCCAAUUAAUUAU